CGCCUUCUUGCCGCCGCGCGCGAAACACACCCCGGCCGAGCGUCUCGCUUCUGCGUCUGCUACCCAUCACCCUCGCCUGCUCCCCACCCUCGAGGCAGCAUCCCCACGCUCACACCGCACCGCCACCACCUCACCCCGCCCGCAGCCAUGGGCAUGUUCAAGUCGGCCUCCAAGGAGAAGGGCGACGCUGUGGGGCGCACGUCGCCCGGCAGCGGCGACGCCAAGGAGGACGUGUAUGUGUCGAGCACGCCGGCGCCGGGCAACGAGGCGCUCAACGAGGAUGACGCGGCGCUCGAGGCGACGACGGGCUACAAGAGUGACUUCAAGCGCGAGUUCCGCUCGCUCAGCACCAUCUCGUUUGCCUUCUCCAUCAUGGGCCUGAUCUCGUCGGUGGCUACGACGUUCAACACGCCCUACACGCUCGGCGGUCCCUCGUCGACGGUGUUUGCCUGGAUGCUCGGCUCCAUCAUGAACCUGACGCUCGGCGCCGCGAUUGGCGAGAUCGUCUCGGCCUACCCCUCGUCUGGCGGUCUCUACUCUGCCUCCGGUCUUCUCGUGCCGGCGCGCUGGCGUGCCAUUGUCGCCUGGAUCACGGGCUGGCUGAACUUCACCGGCCAGAUCGCCGGUAUUGCCGGCACGGAGUACGGCCUGGCGCAGAUGAUCUUUGCCUGGGCAUUCGUGCUGACCGGCUACACGGCCUCCGUCGGCGCCACGUACGGCCUCUACGUCGGUCUGCUGAUUCUCCACGGCGUGCUCAACUGCUUCCCGACUGGCUGGCUGGCGCGCUUCACGAGCUCCUACGUCUUCAUCAACCUCGGCUUCACGGUGCUGACCGGCAUCCUUGUGCUGGCACGCACGCCGAGCGAGGAGAUGCACACGGGCGCCUACGUCUUCGGCAACAUCGUCGACGGCACGGGCUACGGCUCGCAGGCGGCCGCCUUCUUCAUCUCGCUGCUCAGCGUGCAGUUCGUCAUGACCGACUACGAUGCGACGGCGCACAUCUCCGAGGAGGUCAGCCGUGCGGCCAUCGCUGCGCCCGUGGCCAUCUUUGUCGCUGUGGCUGGCACGGGCCUGUUCGGCUUCUUCCUCAACGUCGCCAUGGUCUUUGCCGGCGGCGACACGGCGUCGGGCACGAUUGACAUGUGGCCCGGCGGUCUUGCCUUCGCCGAGAUUGUGCGCCUGCGCGCCGGACGCGUCGCGUUCCUCAUCAUCUGGCCCUUCAUCUGCAGCGUCGCCUUCUUUGUCGUGCAGACGGCCCUCAUGGCCAACGCGCGCUCCUUCUACGCCUUCUCCCGCGACGGCGGCCUGCCGGACAAGAAGUUCUUUGCGCGCAUCAACAAGAAGACGACGACGACGGUCAACGCCGUCUGGCUCGUCGUCGCCUGCUGCGCCGCUCUUGGUCUGCUCAGCUUCGCCUCGUACACCGCGGUCGCCGCCAUCUUCUCUCUCGCAGCCCUAGGGAUGGACCUGAGCUACCUACCGCCCAUUGUGUCCGCGAUGAUCUUCCGCAACCACCCGGAUGUCAACUUCAAGGCAGGCCCCUUCUUCAUGGGCUAUGGGUGGUGGGCCACCGCAGUCCGCUGCAUCGCCAUCGUCUGGACGCUCUUCGAGUGUGUCGUGCUCUCAAUGCCGCAGAUUCUGCCCUUUGAUGCGAGCAUCUUCAAUUAUUCAUGGGUGGUGCUCGUCGGCAUUCUCAUCAUCGCGCUGGCGUUCUACCCGUUCUCGAGCUACAAGGGACCGCGCACUGGCCACAUCCAGCAGGCCGGCCGCCGCCCGUCGGAGGCCUCGGUUGCGGUGCACCACUAGGCGCCACAACGAGAACUCGCCCUUACUUCACAACUUCCGAGCACCCUCCCUCCUUCUCCCACUCUUUCUCUGGCUUUAUCGUCACGGCUCCCCCCUUCCCUUCCCAUUUGCCGUCUUUCGCUCCCCGGGCUCUUGUGCUGCUCUCCUCCUCGUUCAUAUCCGCUGCAUGCACCACUCCCGCCGCAUCCCUGCUGCGCGCCGUCUGGCUCCGUCCCGUUGUACUUACGUGCCAUUCCCUGGGUCCUCGUUGCUUUAGAAAGAUUCAAAGAUCGAACACC